AUGGCGACCGACCCAGCCCCCUCCAAAAACUUCAAGGCAGUCAUUGUCGGCGGCAGCGUAGUUGGCCUGGCCCUCGCCAACAUCUUCGAACAGCUUGGCAUCGACUAUGUCGUGCUCGAGGCCUAUGGCGCAUGGGCGCCUCAAGUCGGCGCCAGCAUCGGUAUGCUGCCACAUGGUACGAGGAUCCUGGACCAGAUUGGCGUCAGGGACAUGUGGGAAGAGGGCGUCCCUCCGGCUUCCAGUCUGGGCAUGGCAAUGAUUGGUGGAAAACAUCUUUUCAACCAUGAUGGAUCGGAUGUUCACUCGUCGGAAAGGUUUGGGGCUCCAAUCACGUUUGCCGACCGGCAGAAGCUGCUGCAUUCUCUCUACACCAGACUGAGGAAUAAGGACAAGUUGUUUUUGAAUAAACGUGCCGUCAAGGUUACUAUGUCCGAGACCAGCGCAACGGUUGAAACAAAAGAUGGAAGCAAGUACCACGGGGAUAUUGUUAUCGGCGCGGAUGGUAUCAAGAGCUCAGUCCGUCAGGAGAUGUGGCGCAUUGCCGCAGAGAAAUCUCCUGGAUACUUUCCCGGAAAUGACCCGAUGAAGCAACUCUCUAUUGAGUACACAUGUCUUUUUGGAAUUUCCAAGCCACACAAAUCAGUACAACCCGGAGACGCUACAUAUGUGGCCGGGCAGGGCCAUUCAUACCUGAUAAUAGGCGGGCCCAACAGUCGAGUCUACUAUUUUCUUUUCGACAAGCUUCCAGAAAAGCUUUCGGGUGACAAGACACCAAAAUACAGCGACGAGGACGCCAGGGCGCUGGCCAAGAAAUACCGUGACGAUGUCCUCCUCCUGAAUUGCACCUUUGGUGAGCUCGUGGACGGACAGACCUCGAUGGUCAUGACUGCUUUACACGAACAUGUCUAUGAGAAAUGGCACUACGGCCGCAUUAUAACCAUUGGUGAUUCUUGUCACAAGCUUAACCCAAUUAGUGGCCAAGGAGGUAACAGCGGUCUGGAAAGCGCCGCCGCACUCGCCAACGCGCUUGCACCAGCCCUCGACGGGCUCAAGGGCUCGUCCCGGCUCUCGGAAGCCGAGAUAGAGGCCGUUUUCCGGGAGACGCAGACCGUCCGAGAGAAACGGGCUGAAUUUCUCAAGCAGGACGCCAAGAAACAGCAGGCAUUCAAUGCACCAGGGAGUUCCUUUGGCCUCCUAAUAACGCGUCUGGUCUCCCCUCUGCUCUCGACUGAGGACACGAUAGAGAAUACAGCGCUCGGAUGUAUAGAUGGGGUGAGGGUCCAACGCCUGCCCGUGCCCUUCCGUCGUCGUUUUCUCCCCUUCAUAGAUGAGCUGCCGGCCAAGCCCAUCAAGAGUUUGCGCCUGCCCAGGCUCGUGGUUGCUCUGAUCAUGGCCGCCUUGGUUCGAAUGGCGGGCCAUGGUAUUGUACAAAUUGACGGUCUCCCAAAUACAUUUCUGGGCCAGCCCUUCAGGACUACUUUUACCUCCAACCCCGUCGUCGAUAAGAUCCUGCUUAUGGUCACCAAGAUCUUUGCCUCUGGACUGUCUAGCCCCAUUCCCGAGCAGUACCUCCAGAUGGUCUAUUUCCUCCCGGUGCUGGCGCCCGUGGUCCUGAUUUGGGCUGUAGAGGCUAACAGGAGGGGCCAUCAGCAUAACAUCCUGCAUAUGGGCGCCCUACUCACGUGGCCAACUAUAUUCGCCUUGGCUUACCAACUCUUCACCGUUGCCCGCAUCAGCCCGAUCUACUUCCUCAUAGCCAUCUUCAUCGGCCGCAAUCCAAGGUUCCACCGUCCUACGAGCCGUAUUGUGGACCCGGAUCUGGCCAAAACUAUCCUGCCGGCAACCAUUCUCGGCUUCGUGGUACCCACGGCGCUGAUGUUGACCCCGCUGCGGUCAAGACCUUCACUCUGGCUCGACCUCACGACCAUUUGGCAAAUCUCGCCGCUGAUCCCCGCCCCGCUGGCCGCAGGCAUGGCGCACGCCCUGCGCUCAUACCGCAGCGCCACCACCCGUGCAAAGGCCGCCGGCGAGGACGCACAGAGCCGCACCGCGGCCAACUACGAGCUGUACCACAACAAGGACCUACCGCACCUGAUGCGGGCCUACGGGACCAUGUUUGCCCUCACCGCGGCGCUGCACGUGGCCGUGCUGACCCGCAUCGCCACCUCCUGGUCAGGACCCGCACCUUUGUCCCUCGCCAAGACCUUCUUCGAUGUCCCGCUGCCGUGGGGCCCGGAGGGGUCGGCAUGGCACCAGGGCAAGUCGGCGAUCGAGGUCGCCUUUGUGCUGUUCAAGUGGGACCUGCUCAUGUUGGCCACUACGCUGCUCGUCUGGUGCCUGUGGACCGUCUUGGAGGUGCGCAGGAUGGGAUACGUGACGACGCGCGAGGCCUGCCGUGUCGCCUUGGCCGUGCCCGCCGCCCUGGCCCUGGUCGGACCGGGUGCCAUGUACGCUGGGACUUGGUACUGGCGUGAAAAGACCAUCGCGGGGAUCAGCAAGAUGGAGAAGGGCGUGGAGAAGAAGAAUCGCUAGACUUGUGUGACCUGUUGGUGCGGGCGAGGCGAGGUGCAGUUCAGUCCUGGGGGCGAAGGUGGCCAGACUGUAUAUGACGCGAGGUCGGACUCAGUUAACGGAAGAUGUGAAAGAAAUACUGGACCAUGUCUGGUCCGCCAUGUACAUGUAGACAAGGCUCUUGCGAACCCAUAACCAUCUCAUCUCCUAUCAG